CAAUGGCGAAGCAAACUGUGAACUAAAUGUCUCUGUUGUUGACAUCUGGUCGCUGUGUAAAUUUUAUUUCGAGCACAUACUCUUGUGAUAUCCUAGUUGUGAUUAAUUUCCAAAAAUUAUAAAAGCAACCUUUUAGAAUUUUACGUAUAGUGCUAUCAAAUAGAUGCAAAAAUAUAAUAAACAUCAUCGUGUGUGUUCAAUAAUACCGUGGCGAGCAAUCGACGCUUGUAACAAACAACUAUAAAACAAUAAAACAACAAUAUAAGAGCAAAAAGAACAACACAGAGGAACACACGCUUAUUGAAACCAAAUCACAUCGACACAAUACAAAUAAAUAUAUACAACACUACCCACACACACUAUUACAACCGCACACACAAAGCCACACACACAUAGAGGCGUACGUCUCACACCCAAACACACACACACACACAUCAACAACAUCACCAUCCUCAUCAUGGAGAUGAUAACGAUUGGCCAAAGCGUCAAAAUCAAACGCACCGAUGGUCGCGUCCAUGGCGCCGUUGUCUCCAAAUUGAAUUCAUCGGCUCGCUGCAUAACCGUCGAAUGGUACGAAAGGGGCGAGACCAAAGGCAAAGAGGUUGAACUGGAUGCCAUAAUUGCUCUCAAUCCGGAAUUGUCCACGCCCGACGCAGCGGUGGAGACGCAGCAUGCGGCUCCCGAGCCAAAGAAACAGGCAACAGCGCCCAUGAAUCUAUCACGUAAUCCCACACAAUCGACAAUUGGAGGUGGCGGAGGAGGUGGCGGAGGUGGUGGCGGAGUAAGUAGUGGUAUCAGUAGUGGAUUAGGCAGUUUAACAGCACGCAUGACCAUGACCGGUAAUCAGCUAAACAAAAUCAACGAGACAAGCGCCGGUGGCGGUGGCGGCGCGGGACCAACACAUUUGGGCCAAAGUCAAAGCUAUGGCAACAUGUCGGCAGCGAACGCUGGCGGUGCAACCAGCGGUGUGGCAACCACCGGCAUGCUGCGGCAACGCUAUGCACCACAGGUCAGCACCAAUGCACCACAGACACGCAUCGCUUCCGCGAGCGCCAACAAUGUCAACAACGAUCGUGCUGGCGGUGGCGGCGGAGGAGGAGGAGGAGUCAGCAGUGGCGGUGGCGUUGGUGGCACCUCUGUCAACUCCACACUGACAAACAACUCGACAAACAAUUCAAUAAAUCCAGCUGCGGCGGGCUCACGUCGUUCGCAUGCCCUCAAGGAGGUCGAACGUUUGAAGGAGAAUCGCGAGAAGCGACGCGCUCGCCAAGCCGAGAUGAAGGAGGAGAAGGUGGCGCUGAUGAAUCAGGAUCCCGGUAAUCCCAACUGGGAGACGGCGCAAAUGAUACGCGAAUAUCAGAAUACGUUGGAAUUUAUUCCGCUCAUCGAUGGCCAGAUGGUCGAUGAUCAUCAGAUCACCGUGUGCGUGCGCAAGCGUCCGCUCAGUCGCAAGGAGCUCAAUCGGAAGGAGAUCGAUGUGAUUUCGGUGCCACGCAAGGAUGUCCUCAUGGUCCAUGAACCGCGCACCAAAGUCGAUCUCACCAAAUUCCUGGAGAAUCACAAGUUCCGGUUCGAUUAUGCGUUCAACGACACUUGCGACAAUGCCGUCGUUUACAGAUACACAGCCAAGCCGCUGGUGAAGACCAUCUUUGAGGGCGGCAUGGCCACGUGCUUCGCCUAUGGCCAGACUGGAUCUGGCAAGACACACACCAUGGGCGGUGAGUUCAAGGGCAAGGUGCAGGACUGUAAGAAUGGCAUUUACGCCAUGGCGGCCAAGGAUGUGUUUGUCACAUUGAACGGUCCGCGCUAUCGUUCCCUCAAUCUGGUCGUUUCGGCCAGCUUCUUUGAGAUCUACAGCGGCAAGGUCUUUGAUCUGCUCGCCGAUAAGCAGAAGCUGCGCGUGCUCGAGGAUGGCAAGCAACAGGUGCAGGUCGUUGGCCUGACCGAGAAGGUCGUGGACAGCGUGGAGGAGGUGCUCAGUCUUAUCCAACACGGCAAUGCGGCACGCACAUCGGGCCAAACGUCGGCCAAUUCGAAUUCAUCGCGUUCGCAUGCCGUAUUCCAAAUUGUGCUACGCCCCAUGGGCAGCACCAAAAUCCAUGGCAAAUUCUCGUUCAUCGAUCUGGCGGGCAACGAACGCGGCGUGGACACAUCGUCAGCGGAUCGUCAGACACGCAUGGAAGGUGCUGAGAUCAAUAAAUCACUGUUGGCACUGAAGGAAUGCAUUCGUGCCCUUGGCAAGCAAUCGGCACAUUUGCCAUUCCGUGUAUCAAAGUUGACGCAAGUUCUGCGCGAUUCAUUCAUCGGGGAGAAGAGCAAGACGUGCAUGAUUGCCAUGAUAUCGCCGGGAUUAAGCAGUUGUGAGCAUACGUUGAAUACGCUACGCUAUGCGGAUCGUGUCAAGGAGCUGGUCGUCAAGGAUCUGGCCGAAAUUGGCGCUGGCGAUGCGGACCCCACUGAAACGAUUGAGGUGAUGGACGAUGACGAUGAGGGGGAGCUGGAUCAGCAACAGGGAGGCAUGGGCAUGGCCCAGCAUUCGUCGGCCAAUAUGCAUCAUAAUCAUCAUCAGGCGCUGCAGCGCGGUCACAACAAUAACAACAACAACAGCAAGAACGGAAACGCCGCCCACAUGGAUCUCGCCAUGCUGAGUUCGCUGAGCGAACACGAGAUGUCAGACGAACUGAUUGUGCAACAUCAGGCGAUUGAUGAUCUGCAGCAGACUGAGGAGAUGGUCGUCGAUUAUCAUCGUAAUGUGAACGCGACGCUGGAGAAUUUCCUAGCCGAAUCGAAGGAACUUUAUGAUUUAACAAACUAUGUGGACUACGAUCAGGAUGCGUAUUGCAAGAGGGGCGAAACGAUGUUCUCAACGCUCUUGGAUAUCGCCAUACAAUGUCGUGAUAUGAUGGCCGAAUAUCGCAACAAAUUGGCCAAGGAGGAGAUGUUGUCUUGCAAUUUUAAGCCACCAAAUAACAAGCGUUAGGCAAGUCCAAAACAAAAACAAAAGGCCCAACCGAUUAAAAUACAUAAAGCAACAAGAAAAAAAUAUAACACUAUUACAACAACAAAACAAUAACAAACGAAGGAUUAACAAGAGCAACAACAGCAAAAGUCCGGCUAUUUUCUUCUUUUUUCUCUCUUAUAAAUUUAAAAUUUAUGCCCAAUUUGUAAGCUCUUCCUUCCAAGUGCUUAAAAAGGGCAACUAGUUUUCUUUUAUCGACAUUUUCGUUAAAUUUCCAUAGUUUUAUUAGCCGGAAUUUGCAUGUUGUUGACAAGAGGUAAAAGAACCCACACACACACACAACUACACACACUUAACCACACUCACGUACACACUCACCAAUCAAAUCAAAAAAAGAAGAAAUCUUUUACCUCUCCAAUCACAAUUAGUAUGUAUUUUUUUUUAUAUAAUGUUUUGGAUCAUUUUUUGAAUUGCACCCAAUAAAAAUUUCAUGUUAUCAUUUUA